GUUCAUGUUCCUGACAAAAAUAGAGAUGUUUUGCGCUUCUUGUGGUGGCCUGGUAACGACCUUGAUGCCAGACCCGAAGAGUACCAAAUGACAGUCCACUUGUUUGGUGCUAAAUCUUCGCCAACCUGUGCAAAUUUUGCAUUGAGAAAGACAGCAACCGACAAUGCGGAGGAAUUUAAUAAGAACGUAGUUGAAACGAUAAAACGAAACUUUUACGUAGACGACUGUCUCAA